AAACUUAUCAGAUCUUUUCAUCCAAGCACUUUCUAAAGAAUGAAUACACCGUCUCUGGGGCUCGUGCAUGAUGAAGCGCAGGUGCCGCUUUGUUUCAACUUGAACUUUCAAGUACUUUGCUAGUGUUUUCUACGCGUGCUCUGUAUUGUUCGACAUGGAGGAGGCAAAAGCCCCCGUGAGUUUUUUUCACAAGUCCUCCUUCAGCAUCAGCAGCUUACUGCUCCGACACGAGCGCGUGAUGAGCGACUGUGGCCGCGCGCCCGACGCGCCGCACUUGCGUGCCGCUCAGCCCCCCGCCCGCUCCCACCAAUCCGCUGGAGACAUCGGAAAAUUUUUCGAUUUUAAUGGAAGAUCCGAAAAGCCAAGCCGGAGUGAAGCGACCAGACACGGCACAAAAGGAGAAACGGAGACUGGGGGUGUUGGAGAGACGAAAAGCAAAGCAGCAAAUGAAAUGGACAAGAAGAGCAAACCUGAAAAACCACCGUUUAGUUAUAAUGCGCUUAUCAUGAUGGCCAUCCGCCAGAGCCCGGAGCGACGGCUCACCCUCAACGGCAUCUAUGAGUUCAUCAUGGGCAACUUCCCAUACUACAGAGAAAACAGACAAGGCUGGCAGAACUCCAUCCGACAUAACCUGAGCCUCAACAAGUGUUUUGUGAAGGUCCCAAGACAUUACGAUGACCCGGGAAAGGGCAACUACUGGAUGCUUGACCCGUCCAGUGAUGAUGUGUUCAUAGGCGGUACCACGGGUAAACUCAGGCGCCGCUCCACAGCUGCGUCCCGGGUCAAGCUGGCCAUGAAGAGAGGUGCGCGACUGUCCUCCACCACAACCACAGGACUGGCAUUUGCGGGAUCUUUUUAUUGGCCCGUUGCGCCUUUCAUGACCCUCCAGCAUCCUCACCCUAACCCGGCAGCAACACCUUACAUUGGAGCUCACCACAACAAUUACGCAGCGUCGGUUUUGUCCCAGAGUUCACAUCACUAUAGUGCCGGUGCUCAAAGACUUCUCCAGUCGGGUCAGGAGGCAGCUUAUUAUGGGACGGGCGGUGAGCAGUUUAUUACGGGACAGCGCCGGCACCAUCACCAGAAUAAACCCUCCUCCUCUUUUACAACAGCCCCUGUUCCUCUGUCUCUCUCCACUCCAUGCUCUUUUAAUUUACUCUCCAAUCAGUCCAGUUACUUUUACUCGCAUCAGGUGCCUCACGCGGCUGGACUUUCCCCGUGGACGCAGGAGGAAUCUUAUCUCUCCAAAACAUCUCCUUCUGGACAGUUUUUCCCUGGAAAACCCUCUCCUUCUGAAUACAUCGGAGGACUAUGCACAGACGUGAACAAUUAUUUUCCACCUUUUAACACAGCCAGCUCCCUGCACUGAAGUGUAGUCUGACGUUUGUUUUGCCUUGAAGAAGCAUCUGUCAAAUAUCAUCAAUAACUAAAAUAGAACAUUAAAAAAAGCCUAAACUGUCAUUUUAUCAUUGUUUUUAAUGUUCAAUUAUUAUUAAUCACUUAAACAAAUAUAGGUGCUAGAAAGGGUUCUUCGAGGCCAUAUUGAUCCUAUUCAAGAAGGUUUCAGCAAGGCCAUAAAAUAAGCAUUUAUUUCUUAAAAGAACUAUUUCUCAUCUUUUUGUAGUCUAAACAUUUUUCCACUAGAAUUGAACAGAAACGUUCUGCGAAUGUUAAAGGUUCAUUGUGGAUACAGCCCGACAUAUACAGUAUCCUUUUUAAAAAUGUAUUAUUGUUUUAAAUUAAAAAGUUUUAUUGGGUUUGUUAUUUUUUAUUACAUUGGUAAAAUGGCUCAAUUAAGCAUUUUAUCUAAUAAUUAAUUCCUUGAGGCUAAACCCUAGCAAUUGUUUUUUUUUAGUUUAAAAGUUUUUAUAUAUCAAAAGGCAAAAGGACAAGUCACCUGUCAGGCUUCAGGCAUCAUGUUUUGUUCUGACCAUAAAUGUUUCCGUUAAUAAUAACUAAUGUGGGCACUUUUUUAAAUGCCGCUGUGUAGUUGGAUAAGAUGUAGUACAUGUAAAAAUAACUGCAUGAUUCUCUCUGAUGCUUUUCCAUGUGUCAGGUGUCUUCGUGAUGUUUGCAUUUAUAGUCAGUUAGUUAUAGAUGGCACUACAAUAAGGACAAAACACAUUAUUAAAUAAGACAAUCAUUUCAAAACAUGGCAGGCGA